UUUCCGUUCUUCGGCUCAGUGAGAUCAACGCCUGAACGAAAAAUACAUUCAUACUGUUCCAUGUGUGGGGGGACACUAUUGCACCAUGGUGUCCAUCACGGCCAUUCAGACGUUAAAGAAAGCCGAUCUACUAAAAGAACAAAUAUGUACAUCCAAGGACCUAAACAGUCCCGAAACAUUGGCGUAUCAACAGCAGUUGAGGAUUAUCUACCAGCAAGUAUUGACUUUGGACUUGGAAUAUGCUCUGGACCAAAAAGUUGAACAAGACCUAUGGAAUCAUGGGUUUAAAAACAACAUCAACAAGUUGCAACAACUCGCUAAAGACAAAAAGAAUGCCAAACGCAAUGAAUGGAACGCACUAUUCUUAUCGUGCCUUGAGUCUGCAUAUGGCUUUUAUCUCAUGCUUUUGCACAGCAUAUGCUUGACAUUUGAUUUGGAUCUACCGUUCCAUAAAAAAUUGUAUGGAUUUUGUGACACGGAUCAUAAGUCCUUAGGAUCGACAUAUCUACGAAAACCACAAAAAAGUUCAUGCAAUUACAUUUGUCAAUAUUGUUUGGUACACCUGGGUGACAUCGCUCGUUAUCGUAAUCAAAAUAGACAAGCUGAAUCAUUUUACAGGCAUGCCAUUCAAUUGAGCCCUAACAGUGGACAACCUUACAACCAAUUGGCUCUAUUGGAAGCAUCACGAGGAGAUAGUUUGAGCACAGUAUUUUUUUACAUGAGAAGCAUUAAUGUUAGACACCCAUUUCUAGCAGCUGUCAAUAAUCUAAAUUUCACCUUAAAUAAAUAUAUUAGCUCUAGUCAAGAUAUGUUGUAUAAAACAAAAAUCACUAGUACUGAAUUUGUCCAACUAUUUCUCGCUUUCCAUGGAGUGUUGAUGUCAAAAGAUAUAAUGAAACGGCAAGCUUGUGAUGGAUACAUCAAAAGUCUUUCCCUGUCAUUUACACCUCAUAUUGCUACUGAAUCAUUUUCAUCAUUUAAAUUGCAGCAGAUGGUGGCUAUUAAUAUGUUGGCAUUUAACUAUAUUGGAAAUGAAUCUACAUCAAUUAAGAUGCAGUGUUUUCCUGUUGUUGAUUUACUGGCCACUUUCCUCAAUGCUUUUUUACUUCCACUGUACACAAUGAAAGAAAGUCAGAAUAUCUCAGAAUACUAUACAUUGCCUGCAGUCAAACUAAUUCUGGAUUGGAUAAGAAGUGAUAUAAGUGUUCUAAAUUCUCCUGGUUUUAAAAGUCGCUUGCAAAUAUGGCCUGGCCUUUGCAAACUAUUGAACGGAUUAUCAAAUGAUUUAAACAGUGACGAUUAUUCACAUAUUCCUUUACCAGAAGAUAAAUUACUCCACGGCUUUGUUAUGUUAGAAUCAGUACAUUCUAAGCUCAUACUAAACCCUGAUGAUGCUUCAAAAAUAAAUAUAAAUGCUCUAAGAGCUAAUCGUUUGAUUGAUUUUGGUGUAUGGUUUUCGUCUACUCCAUAUUCAUUAAUUAAAGCAAUAAAAAAAGAUAAAGGAUGGAGUUUUGAAAUAAUACCAAAUAGUUCGGCCAGCUCUCAUUCAAUUGAUCUUGCUGCUGAUCUUGAAACAUUAUCAUCAUAUCAACAACGGCAGUUACUUAGUUCAAGUGAAAGAAAAAGUGGUAUUUUGAAGCCUCAAUCCUCUAGUAAUUCAGAUAUAAAACCUGUCUUGCGUAAUGUUGAUUUUGAUUCAAUGUUUAAAAAAAAUCAAGAUACUGAGGCCAAACAAGUAAAAUUUCGGUCUCCAUCUCCAAGUUCUUCAUCUAGCAGUGAGGCUAAAUGGUCAUUGGAAGACCUUGAUCAGACUUCUUCAGAAUUUGAAAAAGAUCAAAAUGCUGUAAAACCAACUCCUAUUGGCUAUCAAUUGCCACACCCUGUCAACAAUUUAAACUCAUCUCAGCCUAAUAUUAAUCCAGUUAUGAACACUUUUGGUCAGCUCCAUAUGAGUGGAUUUCCAUCAUCUUCUGAAAGUCAAUUCAGGUUUGGUCAACCAUUACCAAACUUCUCUACUUGGCCACAACCACCAGCCAGUUGGAUUGAUAGCAUUAAACAACCUCAAAACAACCAACAGAAUCAUCCAAUGUUUCCAUUUAUGCAAAACCAAGCUCCAAUUGGGCAGUACCCAAAUGGCUCCUGGUCAAAUGUUAAUCCUCCCCAAGUAGCACAUAAUUCACCAUUGCAAAAUAAUUUAAAUCAUUUUAAUAUAAGAGAUGAUCAACAACGUAAUUAUUACAAUGGUGUGAACAACAGUCCAUAUUAUUCACUAUUUAAUCAACCUAAUGUUAUGAUGCCUCGUAAUAUGGAUACAAAUCAAGAGCCCAAUAACAGAUCAUUUGCUACAUUCCAUCAGCAGUCAUUGUGGUCAGGUCCAGGACCAUCACCACUUGAACGUUUAUUGGAACAACAACGUGGUCGUGAUGCCUCAGAAGGAGGGACAUAAUUGAUUGAAAUAGGAUUAAAUAGAAUCCAAUCUGAAAUUUUGAUAAAUUGGUUAUCAAUGAUUAUAAAACUAUAAGCCUAAUAAACUUUGGCUGAAAAAUUGAUAUUUGGAACUCCUAAAAUAAUAUCUUAACAAUUAAUCAUGCUUACGCUACAGAUUUGGCUUCAUGAAAAACAUUGGGUUAUGCAAUUUUUGUGAUUUUCAUCUUACAGUAGGUGUAAAGACUAAAGUUACUGUCUUUUCUGUAGUGAAACAACCUAAAACCUUUUUAACUGAUUCAUAAAUUAUCAAAAAUUUGCUACAAAUUAAUUGACGUCAAAUUUUUUUUUUAAUAAAUUAUUUUUUUGGUGCAAAAUUAUUUCUUACUGGAAUUGAUUAACGUUUAUUAUUUAUAUUUGUACAAAUGUUUUCAUUUUAAUCUUCAAUAAUUUUGUAGACUAAUGAACUAUUUAUGCUAAUUGAGAAUUUAAAAAAAAAACAGAAAUAUAUCAAUACUGUUUGUCCCUUGCUACAAUA